AUGUCUAGAAAACGAGGGAGAUCCCAAAGUCCGGGAUCUUCAUGGCAACCCCUGCUUCCUGACGAAGAGGAAUCCACUGAUUUGAAAUUGGCGAUCCUAGCCUCACUACAUCCCACCCACGAGGAGGAGACUCUUCUCGAAGCUCUAAUUCUGUCUGAUGGGUCUGUAGCACGCGCCUCUGACGCGUUGAAAGACCAGAAGUCUCGUCCGGCCCAAAAACAGUUAGGGAAAUCCGGUGUUGGUCAUCAAGCAUCCCUCUCCUCCUAUCUUGGUGCUCCGAGCAGAAAUGUCCGUUCCCCAAAGAGGCAGAUAACCAAGAGAGGGAAAACAACAUACCUUUACAGACCGGAGGAUAUCGAAACCCAUACGCCAUGUUCAAUUAUCCAUAAUUUUCUCCCUGUUGAAGAGGCAGAUGCACUGCUCCUCGAGUUACUGGCGGAAGUGCCCAGCUACAAAAAGCAGACAUUCCAGUUGUUUGGGCGGGAAGUCUCAAGUUCGCACACGUUCUGCCUGUAUGCGCAAAAUGAAGAAGCGGCGGAGAGACAGAAAAAUGAGUAUUUUAAUGAUGGGAAGAAAACUGAGGAUGUACGCUAUCUCCUCCCCGAGAUGCGUAAAGCCUCUUCAAAGGUCCAGGAAGCAGUCAACAGGGAAAUUCAGCGCCGAAUUCGAGACGUCUACCCGGACGGCAAGAAAUUGAAAUACCAAUCCCCCGACCCCUGGGUGCCUAAUAUGGCGUUUGUGAACACCUAUGCGACGCCUCGGGAAAAUCUAGGCUACCACUCCGACCAGCUCACGUAUCUUGGGCCUCGAACUGUUGUUGGAAGCCUUAGCCUUGGGGUUGCACGAGAGUUUCGUGUGCGCAAAAUCGUCGCCCCAGACGAGGAUUAUCGUAAGGACAACGGGUCUCUCGCAGAUGCCCAAGGCCAAAUGUCUAUUCAUUUACCGCAUAAUUCCUUGCUCGUGAUGCACGCCGAAAUGCAGGAGGAAUGGAAGCACUGUAUUGCUCCUGCUCGCACGAUUGACCAGCACCCACUCUCGGGAACUAUGCGCAUCAACAUCACCUAUAGGCAGUACCGAACGAGCUUACACCCGAAAUUCAUGCCGAAAUGUCGAUGUGGGGUACCAACUAUCCUCCGCUGCGUGCAACAAAAGAAGGAGAAUCAUGGUCGUUACAUGUGGAUGUGUCACACCAACUACAUUCCCGGCCAGAAAGGAUGCUCUUUCUUCCAGUGGGCGGAAUUUGAUGAUGAUGGGGAACCCCCCUGGGCUUCUUAUUCGAAACGGAAAGAGGUAGAAAUAAAUACUGGGGUCUCUUAGUUAUUGUGGUCGGUGGACAACCCUUUUCCACUAAAGCCAGUAACGAAGCAAGGCUUCCGAAAUUUUACUUUGAAUUUCGCAAAGCUUUUGAUGUGACCCCAGUGUAAGCGAUAGGUGGAUUGAGCGUCAGAUUGGAGAUAUUUCGCUUUGUUAUCGGGACAUUAUAAUUGACACAAGGUUAAAGAGAAUGCCCCUAGACUUCGAUUGAUCAGUCAAAGUGAUUUACUACGGAAAAGACGCUUGGAAGAUAUCCC